CUCUUCUUCCACAGAAUGGUUCAGAAGAACAUCACAAUGUCCCACAGGAUGAUCAGCUUGUGAAUCCGGGUGAAGAUCUGAACAUUAUAUAUGUUACAGAGACAUAUGUGAGAGGUGAUGAGCAGAAGAUAGAGGACAUUUCUACAGAUAACCGCCCAGAUAACUGUACCAGGAGCUCAGAUGGACAUUGGAUUACUUUAGCUUUGGAGGCAACUGCUCAUGAUAUUACACAAGCAACAUAUGAAGCUAUACCGUCAGCCCUACUCAGCCAAGAUCUUUCAUUUGAUCCAUUUCAGCAGGUCCAAUUUUCCGAUUCAUCACAGACUGUAACUCAAAAUAAAAGCGGGAGAAGUUCUGUUGAACAAGGAGCUGAUACAAAGAUUAAGUUGUUUUCGUGUUCAGAAUGCGGAAAAUCGUUUAACCAUGAAUUAGAACUUCUUCAACAUGAGAGAAGCCACACAGGCGAGAAGCCGUUUUCAUGUCUGCAAUGUGGGAAAUGUUUUGCUUUCAAAAAAACUCUUGUUGCACAUGAAAAGAUGCACAUUGAAGACAAGUCACAUCAGAGUAGUGACACAGGGAAGAAGCCAACCUCAUGUUCUGAAUGUGGGAACAUUUGUAUCAGAAAAUCAAAUCUUAUUACACAUCAGAGAAUUGACACAGGCGAGAAGCCGUUUUCAUGUUCGCAAUGUAGGAAACGUUUUGCUUUAAAAAAAACUGUUGUUGCACAUGAUGAAAAGAUGGACAUUAAAGACAAGUCACAUAAAAGGAGUCGCACAGGGAAGAAGCCAAUCAAAUGUUCCGAAUGUGGGAAAAUUUUUAUCAGAAAAUCAAAUCUUUUUAAACAUCAGAGAAUUCACACAGGAGAAAAGCCAUUUUCAUGUUCCGAAUGUGGGAAAUCAUUUAUCGAUAAAUCAAGUCUUAGUACACAUCAGAGAUUUCACACAGGGGAGAAGCCACAUGUGUGUUCAGAAUGUGGGAAAUGUUUUACUCAGAAAUCAGAUCUUGUUAGACAUUGGAGAAUUCACACAGGGGAGAAGCCAUAUUUUUGUUCAGUAUGCGGAAAAUCUUUUUCUCGGAAAACAUAUCUUUUUAAUCAUCAGAAAACCGUUCACAAUGGAAAAGAACAUUUAUGAAUGUGGGAAACAUUUAACCCAAAAAUCACAUCUUUAAAGAACUCAAGCAGGAAUGUAGAGAAAGGAAAGGCAAUUAAGAGCAGUAAAUUAUAAUUAUGAAAUGUAUGCAAUUAAGAGGUCCUUGAUAUGGAGGCAGACUACAUCACUGCUGCGGGCCAUGUGGUAAAGUAAGCCCAUGUUCUGUUAGUUCCAUGUUAGUUCCCACCUUAAAACCCAGAUAAUUACCUGUAGCACCACUAGAGGGAACUUGGUGAAAAUAAUUUUUUACAGUUUGCAUUGAGCUCAAUGGAAGUGAUAUUUAUUCCUAUACUGUUUGGGAGAGGCAAUGGAAUUAGAGCUGUAUAGAGGAGAUUUGGCAAUGUCAGUUGUCUGGUGUAAAUAGUUUCAGAGAUCAUGGUGUUCAGAAUGAGCGCCAUAUUUAUAAAGCACCUGCUCUACUUUUUACAACAUAGGAGUUGGGGAAAGCACGAUUUUGUAAAAAUUAAGAUUUGUGUACCAAUAAAAAAAAAAAGUAAAUGUAGGAAAGCUCACAGAAAGUCAGUUUUCCCAUGGGGCCCAAAAUUUUGUUGUAUGCCCCUGACAGUAAGGCUCCUUUCACACUAGCGUUCGGGCGGAUCCGUUCUGAACGGAUCCGCUCAUAAUAAUGCAGACGGAGGCUCCGUUCAGAACAGAUCCGUCUGCAUUAAA